CAACUGAAUACAUACGCAGAUUUAUAGAGUAACUUGAAAAUAAUCACAGAGGAAAGCCACUUGCAUUAAAAGGGACCUGGAAAGGACUUUUACAGAACUGGAAUACGAGCCUGAAGGAAGAUAAGUCAGGAGGCAAAGAAAGGGGUGAGAACAAUCCAGCCACUGAGGACAGUCACUGUAAAGGCACAGAAUAUAAAAGAGAAUGUGAGAGAGACUAAAAAUGGAAGGCUAAAAGGAAGCAAGGACUAGAUUGAAAAGGGACAAAAAAUGGUUUUAUAUUGGAUCCUGGAAGGAAUAGAAAACCAUUAAUUUAUUGAAUAUGGUAUGUAUGAAACAGUGUGAUCUGUACUCUAGGCUCAUUUUGUCAGCUCACUGGAGGGAGGACUGGAGUGGGGAGAAAAUUAAGAAGGAACAUCAACCAGAAAGCUACUGCAAGGGGAAAGUGAUGAGCGCCUGCAUCAGAGUGGCAGUGCGACUAGAGAAGUGAACUUAUAUGAGAGCUGUUGCAACGGUAGAAUCAAUAGGACUUGAUAACAUUGGACAGAGGUAAAAGGUGAAUCGGUAUUCUGCUGUUCUGUGGAGCCUCUUACUUCCACCAACUCCUAUGUCAUCAGAUAGUGAUGCUUCUCUUUCUACUUAUGAUGAGUCUUCAGGAUCAAAAUUUGCCCGAAAAGCUAAGGAGGCACCAUUUGUCCCAAUUGGAAUAGCAGGUUUUGCAGCUAUUGUUGCAUAUGGAUUAUACAGAUUGAAAGGCAGAGGGCAUACUAAAAUGUCUGUCCACCUGAUUCACAUGCGUGUGGGAGCUCAAGGCUUUGUAGUAGGAGCAAUGACUGUUGGGAUGUUGUAUUCCAUGUUUCAGGAAUACUGGGCCAAACCCAAACCUUAGGAAGAAAGAUGCUGUCUUCACGCUGAUGAUGUUUUAUAGAGCUGGAUGCCUCACAUUGAGGUUACUUAUGUUAAAAAAUCAUUUAGGGGUACGUGGUUCUAAAAAGCAGCACAUGUCAGACACAAUCAUGAUGUUUUAAAGAUUGGAUUUUUUUUCAUGGAGAUUUUACUGUUUCCCAAGUAAUGCAAAACCUUCUAUCCAAGCGUUUAUUAGGAGAGCUAAGUUAGUGCAAAAUGAACUAGUCAUUGAAAUUUCUUUGGAUGAUAUGUUAUAUUCAGGUUCCCCAAGUCUUAAAAAAUUGAUGCUCCAAGUAGCUCCUAUUGCUUUAACAUGUAGCCUCUUUUGGGAUAUAAUAUGGGAAGUUCUUUAGCACAGGUCAGUCAACACUUCCUUAGGUAGGAUGGUGGAAACACCAUUGUCUAGGGCUGGUUGGCUUUAACUAGGGCCAAAAGAACAUCUGUUAGAAGAACAUGAAAUAAAAUAUUCUAGCAAGAGUUUUCUUCCCCAUUACAACCUGUUUGUAUUUAAGGUGAGCCUGGAAAAGUUGUUUGUUAACGAGGCUACUUAACACAGUGGUAUUUAUUAUAAUGUUAAUAAAACAUGAGAAUAACAUCCCAAAUAUUUUUGCUGCUGUUACAUUGAAAUUGUUCUUUAAAUACCAUAUGUUUUAUAUGUAUUUGAAGUGCUUGUUUAGCAGUAAAGAUAGAGAACUUUAAAAAAAAAAAAACAUUGGACAGAGAGGGUUUGUGAGAAUGAGGAAUUGAGAAUGGCAUCUAGAUUUUGAAUCUUAUUAUUAGAAAGAUAUUGUUGUCUUUAACAGUAAUAGAAAAGUGAGGAAGAAGGUGUUCAGAGAGGUUUCUUAAUUUCUCCCUUUUCUCUUUAAGAGGCAAGGGAGCAAAAAGAUGUCUAAGUAAGAGCCCCCCUUCUGUGCAGGUUGUCAGUUGAUGACAAUUGGGAGGGUUGGUAGGUGAGUUGCAGGCUGUUGAAAGGAACUGGAGUCUCUGGGUCCCCUGGGGAGAGGAGUGUGUCUGUUUCUGACUCUCUCUCUGAGACUGGUGGUUUUUGACUAAUUGACAGUUGUGGAUAAAGAAAACAGAUUUAAAGCCUUAAUAGCCUUAUUGAUUAAUGCUUAUUGAUUAACUUAGAUAGGUAGUUAGAUUAGUGGAUAUAUUAUUAGAUAAACAGAGUAGAUAGAUAGGCCAGACUUGGCUGGGCAGAAGACAAUGCCCUUGAAGACACAUAGAUUUAGGGAUUUAUUUUAGAAAUUUUUAGCUAGAAUUGGGAUCUUUGGUAUAGGUAUAAGAGUUCUCUUACUUUCCUCCUUUCUAUUUCCUAUCUGAACUUUCCUCAAAAUAAACUAAGUGCUUUACCAAAGUGCUCUCCUAACUUUUGUUCAAACUUCUACCCCAAAUUUUAACCCUUAGCAAAGGGAGGGCUUAAGAAAGGGAUAAUGAGUUGAAUUUUAGAUAUUUUCAGUUGAAGAUGAAUAUAGUAAGUUCAAAAUGAUAUGCUCAAUAGUUAGGUGGAUAGUCAUAUUUGUAUGUUGGCCAAAAGGUUAGAGCUAAAUAAAUGAAUCUGAAAAUUAUUUACAUUUAAAUGAUAAUUUAAUUCAUCCAUGCCUCCUAACUUGCAAUAGAUGUUGGUGAAUAAAUUUCAAUUAAAUUCAUGGUAAUGUCUUUGCUUGUGCUCGUCAUGAGCAUCAUUCAAUAAGAUGACCAAAUUUCCUAUAAAAUGGUGAUUCUGGUUACCUUUGAGCACAUGAUGAAAUGAUCUCUGUCAACUCCUUUAUCAUGCCAAAGAAAACCUUCAAAUCAUAUUUUCAUUUAAUUGCAACUUUCUGCUAAAGUGCAACAUAGUAUAGUAGAAAUAAUCAAUCAACAAGCAUUUAUUUAGCUUCUACUGUGUGCUAAGCAUAGCAAUCCAUAUAAAGAGCAUUUAAUUUCCAAUCCUACUAUUUCCACUUAUUUGGGCAAGUCACAAACUCUUAGACCUUGGAUUUCUCAAAUAUGAAAUAUAUUGGAUUAGAUGACCUUUAAGGUCUUUUCCAGUUUUAAAUCUAUAAACCCAUCAUCAUAUGUUUUGAUUAAUUUCUCCUAGUAGCAUAACAGCUUGUUGAACAUUGGACAAAGAUCUUAUAUGUAAAUACUAAUGUACAAAUUAACUUUGUAGAUAUUUUAAAGACUUUCAAUCUUUUGCCACCUUUUUCAACUAUCUGAUACCAACACUAGAAAUACAAAAAGAUUCAAUAGAAAUCAAUACCACUGUGUAUUUUGAUUUGUUUCAUGGGCUGCCAUGAGCAAUAUAUUACUGUAUAGCCAGUAUAGUGGUGAGUCUCAACCUAUGCCUAGUUGUCUUAAAACAGAGCUAGGCUAUCCUGAUCUAAAAGUCUUUCCAGUUGAUUAAACCUAAUUCUAAACUCUGCUGAUAUAACCUUUAGCAAUUCUGAGUCAUCUCAGUUCCAUGAUGAGGCAUGAGAGUGGGACUUUUGUGAAGGACUCUAAUGUAUUCAUCAUUUAUUAUUUAGUAUUAUAGUUAUUUAUAUUUGUGUUUUACAUUUCUGAAUGUAAAUUACAUGGAGACAGAGUCCUUUCUAAAAAUUUUACUCCCCCAGCAUCAGAACAGUUUUCUAAAUUCAGUACAUAUUUAAUGCUACUUAUUUAUUUAAUAGAUUGGAAACAUUAGAAAUGUAGGGAGAAUCCUACUUUAAAUCUUUUUAAAAUGUUAAGGAGUUAAAGAAAUAUACACACAUAUAUCUCCAUAUAUAUAUACAUGCAUUUAUAUAUAUGAGCACACAUAUGUAUAUAAAACAAAGGAUGGAACUAAAUUAAAAUUAGAGAAUUAUUGAAAAUGAAUGUAGUAAAAAAAUAAUGGGCAUAAAAAACUUUGAAAUAACAUUUUAGGGAAAGAGAAAAACUAAAGAAAAAAUUAUAAAAUAAAAUAUUUCUUGAAGUAAAUUUUAAGUUAAAAAAAGGUCAGAAGAACUAUGCUUUUCAAAUAUUGUUCCAAAUUAGAAUUGUGAAGAAUUUGCCUGUUGUUUUAACUAAGAUACAUAUUUCAUUUUGUUGUCAAAUUUAUUUUUUAACAUUUUAACAUUUGUCUUCCAUCUUAGAAUCAAUACUGUGUAUUUAUUCCAAAGAAGAAGAGUGAUAAUGACUAGGCAAUGGGGGUUAAAUGACUUGCCCAGGGUCAGAGAGGUAGGAAGUGUCCUAGUUCAAAUUUGAACCCAGUACCUCCUAUUUAUAGGACUGGCUCUCAAUCCCCUGAUCCAUCUAGCUGCCUCUUGUUAUACAAUUUAAAAAACACAUUAUGGGGCAGGGGGGCAGCUGGAUGACUCAGUGGAUUGAGAGUCAGGCCCAGAUAUGGGAGGUUCUGAAUUAAAAUCUGGCCUCAGACACUUCCCAGAUGUGUGACCCUGGGCAAGUCACAACCCCCAUUGCCUAGCUCUUCCCACUCUUCUGCCUUGGUGCCAAGACAGAAGAUAAGGGUUUAAAAAUAAUAAUAAUAAAAACAAAAAACAAAAACCACAUUAUGACUAAUAACUUCUAAAAAAGGAAUUGACUCAUGAAGUUUCUUGGUACUUUCAAAAUUAGUAACUACCAAGUCUGCAUUUCAUUUUGGUUUCUGUAGACUGUCUUUAAUCAAUGCUUAUUAGAAGUUUCUUUUAAUCAUAUUAUUCUAUGAAUUGAUGCACAAACUUAAAAAAUAGGUAAACUCUUGGUCCCACGUGUUUAUCUUUUUACUAAUAUUCUCAUUUCCUUAUUAUUAUUAUGAUGCAACUUCUAAAGUGCAGGUGCAUAAUACAUGCUCAAUAAAUAGUGACUCAUUUUCUUUCAUUUGGGGGGGUUCGAGAAUCUAAAUCUUUACCUUCAAAAACUUGGAAACUUGCUUUUCAAACCUGUCUCCAAAGCAACUAUCUAAGUUAUUCUGGCACAGACCAUGGAUUAUUGGAACAGAAAUUGAUUGUGCCAAUAAUUUGGCCGUUUUGUAAAGGAAAAAAAGUACUAGAGGAGCUGAAUGCUUAAAUCACCUCAGUGAAACCAAAAUAACAGCGCCUCUUUUACACAUUCUCUGCCAACACCUUUAUCUUUUUACUGGGCGGAUCAAGCUGUUUGCCAUAUGCGUGAUAUUUAGCCAUUUCAGCUGCCCAAGAUUGGACUGAAUGGCACCCACACACCCAAAUGGCUACAGAUUUUCUAUCUUCAAACUAAAUUGAAUAACAUUUAUUACAAUUACAGAUGAAAGGUAAACACUCCCUUUCCUACAACACACUUCAAUGGCAAAGACCAUAAAUUACUUCAUGAACCUCUUUCUUU